AUGUCCGAAUACAAAAGCUUCAAAAAAGCCGACUUGGCGCAGGUGGCCAGAAGAAUCGGCAUUACUGUCCGGUCCAAGGACACAAAGCAAUCGUUGCUUGAGAAAAUCGAGCUCUUCAUCGAGGAGAGCCCGGAGAAGGCCAAGGCGCUAAUGGAGCUCGCCGACGAGGCCGACGAAGAUGACGACGACGUGAUUGAAAAUGUCACUUUGGUGGAGAACGAUGCCACCGACGAAGAAGAGGACGUUGAGGACGAGCAAGAAGAGGCCGGCGAAGACGACGACGACAAAGCCGACAAGGACUACGACGCCCCACCACCCAUCAACUUGAAGGAGUGGAUUGUCGACCCGGCCAUUGCUGUUUUCGAGAACGCCUACGAGACAGUUUUGGAAUGGACAGACCGUGUGGGCAUCACCACAUUGGAGCUCAACGACGGCUUGAGAGACUCCUUGUCCACCACCGUGGCGUUGAACUACUUGGAGCUUGCUGUGGAAACCGCUUACUUCUUGUACCUCUACGUGCCCUUGGUGGCGACAAAGGACAACAAGAGCAUCCACCAGGUGUUCAAGGACAACGUGCCCCAGUUGCAGAAAUGUACUUUGCCCUUGCCCGACAUCACCGCUUUGUAUGACUACACUGUGGCGUCCGUUUUGGGCAACUGGCUCGUGUACGCCGUGGCGCUUCCUUUGCUCAUUUCCUACUACGUCAACUUCUCCAGAAGAGUCGUUGUCAUUGAGGAUGACGAUGAGGAAGAAGAGGCUUCUUUUGUUGUGCGCGUGUACAAGUACGACCCUUUCAUCUUUGCCUUGUCCAAAGUGUUGAUCUUCUACUUUAUUAUCAAGAACGGUGCCUUGCACUCGGUCGACACUUUCCAUGGCAUUGCCCACUUGUUGAAGAACUACUUCUUGAUCCACUUGGGCAUCUACCACCGCUUUGUGUCCGACUUGGGCAACUUCCCCCUUGUCGUUGGCUUGGCUAACGUGGCAAUUGCGCUUUAUUCGCAGUUCGAGGACUACUAA